AUGCAGCAGAAGUUCACUGGUUCCACUCCCAAAUCUGAAAUGCCAAACAUCAUUAGACAUCCAGCCUUGCUCUCUUUCUGCUGCAUCAACACCAGUCUUGAAUGGGGAACAAGAUACCCUGCUAUGACUAAGAAGCCAAAAUGGUGGUGGAGAUCUUUGGCAUGCCUCCCUUAUUUGAUGCCUCUUCAUGAGACAUGGAUGUAUGCUGAAACGGCAUAUCAUCUGCACCCUUUCUUGGAAGAUUUUGAACUACUGACCUAUCCCUUUUUGGGAACUAUAGGGAGAUUGCCUAGCUGGUUUCUGAUGGCUUAUUUCUUUGUGGCUUACCUUGGAAUAGUGAGGAGAAAAGAAUGGCCACAUUUCUUUAGAUUCCAUGUGGUUAUGGGCAUGCUAUUAGAGAUAGCUUUGCAGGUUAUUGGGACUGUGAGCCGUUGGAUGCCACUCGCUGUAUACUGGGGUAAGGUCGGGAUGCAUUUUUGGACUGCAGUCGCAUUUGCCUAUUUGUUCACAGUUUUGGAGUGUAUGAGGUGCGCUCUUGCAGGGAUGUAUGCUGAUAUUCCAUUUGUCUGUGAUGCAGCAUAUAUUCAAAUUCCUUAUAAUUAA